AUGUCGCUGCAGAAUGACUAUUUCGAAGAAUGUUGCAUCAACGCUUCGAGAACGCUGCGAAUCACUAUUUCAAUUGUAGAAGACUGCUUUGAGAACGCUAUGACUAUUUCGAAGAACGCUGCGUAUGACUCGAUUCGAGAGAACAUUGCACCGCUUCGCAGAACGCUGCGUAAGACUGCUUUGAAGAACGCUGUUAAGACUGCAUUCGAAGAACAUUGCAACGUAGAACGCUGCGAAGACAGCUUUGAAGAACAUUGCGAAGAAUCAUUUCAGAUGAUCGCUUCGGAGAACGCUUCGAUGAUCAGCUUGAGAGAACGUUCGUAUAACGUUGCGGAUGAUCGCUUCGUAGAACAUUGCGGAAGACUAUUUCGAGAACGUUGCAACGUUGUAGAUGUCGCUUCGGAGAACGUUUCAAAUGAUCUGUUUCGGAUAACGCUGUGGAUGACUGCUUUUAGAGAAUGUUGCAGUGAUCAUUUAGAUGAUCGCUUUGAAGAACGUAGAACGCUGCGUAAGACUGCUUCGAAGAACAUUGCAGAACAUUGCGAAGACUAUUUCGAAGAAUGUUGCGGAAGAUUGUUUCGGAGAACGCUGCAGAUGAUUGUUUCGCAGAACGUUACGGAUGAUCGCUUCGAGAACGCUGCGAAUGAUCGCUUUGUAGAACGAACAACGCUGCGUAAGACUGCUUUUAGAUAA